AAAUAUAUCAAUCUUUUCUUGAUAUAUAUAUAUUGCGAAUUUGCAACUGAAAAAUUUUCAGUUCUUGCUGCACUCACUCACCCGGUUUUUCUUGCUGCAUUCGCGUGCGUCUUGCAGCGGAGGCGUUGCUGGCCGUCAAGGCGGCGCUGCAUGACACGGCCAACGUCCUCGCCGACUGGAACGCCGGCUCAGGCGGCGUGGUCGUCGCCGGCGGCGGCGGCGGCGGCGGCCCGUGCAACUGGAGCAUGGUGACCUGCUCCAAGACCGGCCAUGUGUCCGUGCUCGAUCUGGCUCACCGGAAUCUGUCCGGCACGCUGUCGCCGGCGAUCGGGAAACUCAGGCGGCUGCGACUCCUGUUUUUGCAACACAAUGCAAUUUCUGGCCCUAUUCCUGACACCAUAGGCAGGCUGAAGGUGCUACAAACGCUGGACCUGGCAUAUAAUCACUUCACAGGCACUAUUCCAAGCAUACUGGGACAUUCCAAGGGCAUCUUCCUCAUGAGAUUGAGCCACAACAAUUUAUCUGGAUCUAUACCUGAUUCACUAGCCACUGCUCCCAGCAUUGUCCUCCUGGAUCUAUCCUUUAACAACCUGAGUGGUCCAGCACCAGUUUUUAGCGCGAAUAGUGUAUUCCUUCGUGGAAAUCCUUUGAUACAAAACUUCAGUUGUGAAGGAACCUGUACUUCUGUGAUAGAAGAGACGAUUGCUGUCCCUUCUGCAGCAGAAGAACCAGUUGCUGUCAGCAUAGAAGAACCAAUCAUUCACAGGAAAGGCUUGGCAGGAACUGCUCGGCGUGUUUCAUUCUACAUAGCAGCUGUUCUUCUAAUAGUUUUCUUGAUUGCUGGAUUUGUCGCGUCUAUUUCGCAGUGGCGUAGGCGACACCAGAUCUUUGCUGAUUUCGAUGGACCAGAAAUAUACCUAGGCCAUCUGAAGCAGUUCAUGAUCAAGGAGAUCAAAGAAGCUACCAAUAACUUCGACCGAAGAAACAUUUUGGGGCAGGGAGGAUUUGGAAUAGUAUACAAGGGUCGCUUGCGCGAUGGCACAAUUGUUGCUGUUAAAAGGAUGAAAGAUUGUUUUUCUGUUUGUGGGGAUGAUCAGUUCCACACAGAAGUUGAAGUAAUAAGCUUGAUUGUUCAUCGCAAUCUCCUUCGUCUUACUGGGUUCUGUAUUACAGACACUGAAAGGCUCCUUGUAUACCCUUUCAUGCCAAAUGGAACUGUUUCUUCUAAAUUACAAGAAUAUGUGGGUGGUAAACCUACUCUAGACUGGACAAGGAGAAGGAAGAUAGCGCUAGGCGCGGCACGCGGGUUGGUCUAUUUGCAUGAGCAAUGUGAUCCGAAAAUUAUCCACCGCGACAUAAAGGCCUCCAAUGUUCUCCUUGAUGAGUAUUUUGAAGCAGUUGUGGCAGAUUUUGGACUUGUAAAACUUUUGGAUCAUGGUGAGUCUCAUGCUGUCACAGCAGUGAGGGGGACAAUGGGACGCAUUCCUCCAGAGUAUUUGAUGACUGGCCAAACAUCAGAGAAGACCGAUGUUUACGGCUUCGGAUUCUUGUUGAUCGAGUUAAUCACCGGUCGGAAAACGAUGGAGCUUCAUGAGGAUGAGUAUCAGGAGGGAGGAAUUCUUGAUUGGGCAAAGGAGCUUCUUGAAGGAAAUAAGCUAAGGUCAUUUGUGGACAGUAGACUGAGAGACAACUAUGUCAUUGCUGAGUUGGAGGAAAUGGUUAAGAUAGCUUUGCUCUGCACAAUGUACAACCCUGACCAACGACCAAGUAUGGCUGAGAUUGCUGGAAUGCUGCAAGAGAGUGAUGGUUCAGUUGUGGAGAAAUGGGAGACUCUGAAAGAUGCCGAGAGAUCGAAACCGAGCACGCCGGAGUUCAUGCUGUCAUCCCCUGUAAAUUUUGCUUCAGAUGAGUGCAAUUCAAUUCAGUUGGAAGCUGUUGAGCUCUCAGGGCCAAGGUGAUGAAAUGGCCUGUUUGUUAUGCUCACAUACAAUAAUUUUCAGAACUCCAAAAUAGGGAGAUGAGGAUGAACUGAGGAAGAAACGGAUGUUUCAGACAUUAACUCAGCUUUUUUAACUAGAGUAUUAUUUUAGUUAUAUUAGUUGAUGACAAAAUAAGUUACUCUUUGUGUGCCCUACCGAAAUCUCUGGGUGACUCUGAUGAUUAAAAAUAAGGAGGAUACAUUGCUACAAUCUGGGUUGUACUUUGCAUCUGUGACUUCUCUAUCCCCUCCUUUUUUAUCUUUUGGUAAGAUAUAGUCUGUUGUGUCAGAGAGUUUUUC